UCAAGUUCGUCUAAUUGGCGGAUCAAAUGAGGCUGAAGGAAGAGUAGAAGUCUUGAACAGUGGAUCCUGGGGAACUAUCUGCGAUUACAGCUGGGAUCUGAGAGACGCCAGGGUAGUUUGCAGAAUGCUUGGCUUUGAUGGAGCCUUAGACGCACCGGGAGCUGCACAGUUUGGCCAAGGAUCUGGUCCUAUUUCUCUGAUCUAUGUUAGCUGUGAUGGAACUGAAGAUAACCUGGUUGACUGUGCUCAUGGAGGGGUUGGAGAUUAUAGUUUUUGCGGUCAUGGUCGCGAUGCCGGCGCCAUUUGUUAUUCAGGAGAGCCAUUCCUUGUUCGUCUUGCCAAUGGAGCCACCGAUUCAGAAGGCAGAGUGAAAGUUUUGUAUAAGGGAAGCUGGGGAACUAUUUGUGAUGAUAACUGGGAUCUAAGAGACGCAAGAGUAGUUUGUAAAAUGCUUGGAUUUAACGGAGCUUUGGCCGCACCAGAUAGUGCUACGUUUGGUACCGGAAGUGGUAAAAUCUUGUUUGAUGACGUUGGGUGCAAUGGCACAGAAGACACCCUCGCUGAGUGCUAUCAUCGAGGAUUUGGAGUCAACAACUGUGAACAUGACAGUGACGCUGGUGUCAUUUGUUUUACAGGAGCACCAUUUCUAGUUCAGCUCGUUAAUGGAUCUAACGACCUUGAAGGACGAGUGGAGGUGACGUGUGUAAAAUGCUGGGACCCAUUGAAGGUUCGUCUCAACGGUGGAGCGAAUGAUUUAGAGGGUAGAGUAGAGGUUAUGUACAAUGGAUCCUGGGGAACAGUCUGUGACAAUGGCUGGGAUCUGGACGAUGCGAGAGUUGUUUGCAGAAUGUUGGGAUUUGAUGGAGCUUUGGCAGCAACAGUUUCUGCACAGUUUGGUCAAGGCAAUGGCAAUGUCCUGCUUGGUGAUGUCCAGUGUUACGGAACAGAAAAGAACAUAGCAGAUUGUUAUCACAGAGGAAUAAGAGUCCAUAACUGUACUCAUGCCAGUGAUUCAGGUGCCAUUUGUUUCUCAGGAGGUACGAUUUAG